AUGUCUGUAAAGGAGGAGGGUGGCGGUGGUUAUGUUACUACUGUCGCCGCUAUGAGCUGGCCCAUGGCGAUUUGUAAACUCAUCGUGCUCUUCAUGUUUUACUUACUCGGGCUUGUUACAUGUUUUAUGCCCAAGUGUACCCUACGGCGUUGGCUACGUAGGGUGCAGCGGCAUUUUGUUGUGUGGUUGUAUGGCAUUCGCCCACCGGCAUAUUCCUCUGUGAGGUUCGUCAAUGUGAAAGCACCUAUAAAGGGGACGACCUACGAGUUGGACGGCAUUCUUGUUUUACCUGGUGAAGGAGAUAAGUUCCCCUUCAUCCUCAUUCGUACGCCUUACGGUAAGGAAACGUUGGUGAACGAUGCAAGGCUGUAUGCUGAACGUGGUUAUGGAGUGCUCGUGCAAGACAGUCGUGGGCGUUUCGGGUCUUCAGGGGAGUUCUUCCCUCUUGAGAAUGAGCGAGAGGACGCUGCUGCGGCUAUUGAUUGGCUCGUUCAUGAAUGUGAGUAUUACGAUGGUGAAGGCAUUGGUGUUCAUGGCCUCAGCUAUAAUGGCAUGUGUGCCUAUAGCUCCCUUUCUAACUCUCUAGGAAGGGAGCAUGUGAGAUGCAUCGUUCCUGGUGUAUCUGCGUGUGAGCUGUACCCGGUCAUAUUCGGUCAAGAUGGCAAGGGUGACACGAAACCUCUACCCGGCAUGCAGAUGCCUCUAAGAAAACGCAUCGAGCGGAUUUUGGUUUUAUUACAAUUCUUUUUCAUGGAUGAGGCGCCCCCAUUCAAAUUGGCUUAUUGGACUUUACCCUUGGAGAAUGUCGAUAAACUGUUGUUGAACGGCCAACCUCUGGAGGUCUACCAGAAGGCUAUUCGGGACACAGACGUCAAUGGGGAAUUCUGGAGGCACCGCAACGUUCUGUGCGACUUACGAACCGACACGCCCUUGGGUGGCAUACACUUCGUUGGUGGCUGGUACGAUUUCUUUCUCCGCCAGAUGCUCAACGACUACGCCAAAGCAAAGAGCUCAGGGAGAGGUGACGUUCGCCUCACUGUAGGCAAGUUCGCCCAUUGGCAGCUGUUCAAAUACGUGCCCCUAUACACUCAUGCUGUGGUGAGCUUCUACGACCACUACUUCGAAGCACGAGGAAGGCGGCCUGUGGAGAGGGAUGACGCAUAUCCUGUGACCUUAGAAAUCAUACAGAGUCGUAAGGACGUCCUUUCAUAUUUGCACUUGAAGCAGUGGCCGCCUCGCGAUACGGUCCCUAUGGGGUUGGUCAUGACCUCAGAUGGUAGGCUCGAGAACGAGGGUGCAGCUGCACGACUAGAAGAGGGCGUGGUGAGGUACCACUACGACCCACGUGCACCGACCCCGGCUGUGGGAGGGACGUCUUUCAAUGCCAAGAAUUGUGGGGAAAUGCUGCAGGACGAUUUUGAAAGGAACAGGCUCAUCAUAGGAGAUCUGAUUAUUUUCACGAGCAAGCCGUUCGAGAAGGAUGUUCUCAUAGUCGGUAACAUCAAGUGUCGGACGACAGUUGUGUCCAGUUCGGAGAGUGUUGACAUAGUGUGCCGUCUCUGUAGAGUCGACAAGGAGGGCCACUCAUAUAAUCUUUGCGACGGCUUGGAGCGCCUUUGGAAUGCUGAGACUCGACACACAAUAGACGUGGAUGUGGGAUCGACAUGCGUGUUGAUUCGCAAAGGCGAACGCGUAAGACUACAGGUCACCAGCGCAGCUUAUCCGAGGUGGCUGCGCAACUUUAACACGGCUGAUAGAAACAUCGCUCAAGUGACCAAGCUCGGUCCAGUUUCAGAACAAGAGAUCAGCGUCGGAUCAGCAUCGGUGUCAUUGCUGAGCCUCCCAACGUUAAACAGCGUCUUGGGAGAACGUCGUACGAUUGAUUAA